GCUCUGCCGGGACUGAAUUCGAGCGCGGCAUUACUUCUCUGGGUGGCGCGCGAUGCGGGGCAUCAGGGCGUUCGUGGGCUCCGCGGCCUUGUGGGCUCUGCUGGCCGCCCGCGUCGCGGCGGCGGUCGAGCCGGUGAGCAUGGCUAUCGCCAUCGGGGCCGCGUCGAUACUCACCGGUUACCUGUCCUACUCGGGCGCGUUCUGCCGCUUCUCCGAGUGCUGCGGCGAGGAACGGACCCUCAACGCGUCGGCCCUCAAGCUGAACUUGGAGGCAAAGCUGUUUGGACAGCACCUCGCCACCGAAGUGAUUCUCAAGGCACUGACCGGCUUCAAGAACAAUAAAAAUCCCAAGAAAGCACUGACUCUGUCCAUGCACGGCUGGGCUGGCACGGGCAAGAAUUUUGUCAGCCAGAUUGUGGCUGAGAACCUCCACCCAAAAGGCCUGAAGAGUAACUUUGUCCACCUGUUCGUCUCUACCCUGCACUUCCCUCAUGAGCAGAAGACAAAACUGUACCAGGACCAGCUCCAGAAGUGGAUCCGAGGUAAUGUGAGCGCGUGUGGCAGCUCCGUCUUCAUCUUUGAUGAGAUGGAUAAGUUGCAUCCUGGGAUCAUUGAUGCAAUCAAGCCCUUCCUCGACUACUAUGAGCAGGUGGAUGGGAUUUCCUACCGCAAAGCCGUCUUCAUCUUCCUCAGUAAUGCAGGCGGGGACCUGAUAACUCAGACAGCCCUGGACUUCUGGCGGGCAGGAAGGAAGAGGGAAGAGAUCCAGCUGAAGGACCUGGAGUCUGUGCUAUCUGUGGGCGUCUUCAACAACAAGCACAGUGGUCUGUGGCACAGUGGGCUGAUAGACAAGAACCUCAUCGACUAUUUUAUCCCCUUCCUGCCCUUGGAGUACAAACACGUGAAGAUGUGUGUGCGGGCAGAGAUGCGGGCCCGAGGGCAUGCUGUCAACGAAGACAUCGUCACCAGGGUGGCAGAUGAAAUGACAUUUUUCCCCAAAGACGAGAAGAUCUACUCGGACAAGGGCUGCAAGACUGUGCAGUCACGGCUAGAUUUCUAUUGAGCUCUUCACCCCAAGGUGGUGGGAGGAUCCAGGGGAGGGGAGCCUCCCACCCCCUCCAGGGCCUUGCCUUGUGGAAACACUUUGAAGACCCCCCCUUGGGGCUUUGCACAUUUGCACCUGUGGACUCUGGGGAUGCUGUCAGUGCUGCAUGGCAGGAUCUCAAGAUGAACUUGUAGAACCUAACACUGCUACUGUGAACCAAGUGCCUAGAGACAUGAACACAGGAGGCCUGUGAACACAUCCUGUGUGGCCAAGGUACCGUGCCUCAGGUGCCACUAAUGGGCUGCAGCCUUGAGGAACCAGGUUUUUCCUUCUAGGAGCACCCACCUGUGUCUGGGGUUUUUUUUUUUUUUGUGUGUUUUGUUUUGUUUUUUCCUUGCCCUGAGCUGGCACUUCAUGACAGUUUUCAGAAGCUAGUGGCAUUGACAGAUGCUUGGUCUCUGAGGCUCCUGUGGCACAUUGGGACACAGCCUUUUGAGGCUAUUCCUUUCCUUAGCUGCUGCUCUCGCAGCCCCCGCUGUGGAAUUCUCUCGCCUGUCUCCUCUGUGUGUGGGUCUGCCUUCGACCUUGUCCUAGCCUCAUCCUGGGCCUGUCAGAACAGACUGAAGCUUUGGAAGUCUUGGUUCCUGUUUGCCUGUUAAACUUACUCUGAAGGUACAGCAUGCAUAGGAAGGGUGAGCUCUGGGCCAGGGCCCCUGGCCACACACAGUAUGCUUAGACUCUGUCCAAAGGAGUGCCACACAUACCAGAGAUGUCUGGUUUUUUUUAAAGGACAUGAAGAUUUUUAAAACAUGUUUUUACUUCUAAAUCUUAGGUAAUAAAGUAUAAGGUGCCGUGUAUUUUAAAACCUAAGAAGUGCCCAGUCAGUGGUGGUGGCACACCCAUGUCUUUAGUCCAGCACUUGGGAGGUGAGGCAGGUGGA